GCGGCUUGUGCCCGGAAGUAAUACGCCUCCAUUGAGUUAACGAGAGCGCGACGCAGUAGCUUCUUGUUCCAACACAAAGCCGCAGCCAUGCCGCCUGGGCCUGUUCAAAUAGUUCAGCCGGAGCCCAACAACAAGAACGAUGCACCACCGGAAGAAACCCCAGCAACUAAACCCAUUGUUGGCAUCAUAUAUCCACCUCCAGAGGUCCGAAACAUUGUCGACAAGACAGCCAGCUUUGUUGCCAGGAAUGGGCCUGAGUUUGAAGCAAGAAUCCGUCAGAAUGAGAUCAACAAUCCAAAGUUUAAUUUCCUUAACCCCAAUGACCCCUACCAUGCCUACUACCGUCACAAAGUCAAUGAAUUUAAGGAGGGGAAAGCACAAGAACCAUCUGCAGCUGUGCCUAAGGUUAUGCAACAGGCCAUGCAGCAGUCCCAGCAGCUUCCUCAGAAAGUCCAGUCCCAGGUGAUUCAGGAGACAGUGGUGCCCAAAGAACCACCACCUGAGUUUGAGUUCAUUGCAGAUCCUCCAUCAAUCUCAGCUUUUGAUCUGGAUGUUGUCAAGCUGACUGCCCAGUUUGUUGCCCGCAAUGGCCGUCAGUUUCUCACUCAACUCAUGCAGAAAGAACAGAGGAACUACCAGUUUGACUUUUUGCGGCCACAGCACAGCCUCUUCAACUACUUCACCAAACUGGUUGAGCAGUACACUAAGAUUCUGAUCCCACCCAAAGGCCUACUGACCAAACUCAAGAAAGAGGCUGAGAACCCGAGAGAGGUUAUGGACCAGGUGAGGUACCGUGUUGAGUGGGCAAAGUUCCAGGAGCGUGAGAGAAAGAAGGAGGAGGAAGAAAGAGAGAAGGAACGAGUGGCAUAUGCCCAAAUCGACUGGCAUGACUUUGUAGUGGUUGAGACGGUGGAUUUCCAGCCAAAUGAACAAGGCCACUUCCCCCCACCUACCACACCAGAGGAGCUUGGUGCUCGCAUUUUGAUUCAAGAGCGCUACGAGAAGUAUGGAGAGAGUGAGGAAGUGGAGAUGGAGGUUGAGAGUGAGGAUGACGACGACGAGCGGGAGGAUCGAGGUGAAGGGCACCCCUCACAGCCUGAUCAAGACACACAGGUGCAGGAUAUGGAUGAGGGAUCUGAUGAUGACGAUGAUGGCAUGAAGGCUCCACUGCCACCAGACAACCCCAUGCCACCCCCACUGCCCCCAACUCCAGACCAGGUUAUUAUUCGCAAAGACUACGAUCCCAAAGCCUCCAAGCCUCAGCCUUCAAUCGCAGCUCCAGAUGAAUAUCUCAUCUCACCAAUUACUGGUGAGAAGAUUCCAGCAAGUAAGAUGCAGGAGCACAUGCGUAUCGGUCUGCUGGAUCCACGCUGGUUGGAACAAAGAGACCGCAGCAUCCGAGAGAGACAGACAGAGGAUGAAGUCUAUGCUCCUGGUUUGGAUAUCGAGAGCAGUUUGAAACAACUGGCUGAGAGGCGUACCGAUAUCUUUGGUGUGGAAGAGACAGCCAUCGGUAAGAAGAUUGGUGAAGAAGAAAUCCAGAAGCCAGAGGAGAAGGUUACCUGGGAUGGCCACUCUGGAAGCAUGGCUCGUACACAGCAAGCGGCACAGGCCAACAUCACCCUACAAGAGCAGAUUGAAGCCAUUCACAAGGCCAAAGGACUGGUGGGAGAGGAUGACACCAAGGAGAAAAUUGGUCCAAGCAAGCCAAGUGAAAUUCAUCACCAGCCCCCCAUCCCCUCCUCUGCAGCCAGUUUGCCUAAACCUAGUCCUCCUGUCUCUGCUGUGCCUCGCCCACCCUCCGCUGUGGCACCUCCAGUGCGCACCACUCUGCUGUCUGCUGUCCCUGUAAUUCCAAGGCCGCCUGUGGCUCCUGUGGUGCGCCUUGCACCAGGCCAAGUUAUAACACAGAUGCCUCCCAUGAUUCCUGCUCCCCGCAUCAACGUGGUUCCCAUGCCGCCAUCAGCACCUCACAUCAUGGCCCCCAGACCACCGCCCAUGGUUGUUCCAGCUGCCUUUGUCCCUGCUCCUCCAGUACCACAACCACCAAGCUCUGCUCCAGCACCACCUUCGCACCCACCCCCACCUCAUGAGGAUGAACCAGUCAGCAAGAAGAUGAAGACAGAGGACAACCUUAUUCCAGAGGAGGAAUUCCUUCGAAGAAACAAGGGUCCGGUGGCAGUUAAAGUACAGGUCCCCAACAUGCAGGACAAGACCGAAUGGAAGCUGAAUGGCCAAGUGCUGAAUUUCACUGUCCCCCUCACAGACCAGGUGUCUGUUAUUAAAGUCAAAAUCCAUGAAGCUACAGGCAUGCCAGCAGGAAAACAGAAGUUACAGUAUGAGGGCAUUUUCAUCAAGGAUUCCAAUUCCCUGGCUUACUACAACAUGAGCAAUGGCUCAAUUAUUCAUCUGGCACUGAAGGAGAGAGGUGGAAGAAAGAAGUGAGCCGUGCCACAUAAAGAAAAAGUGGAAGUGUUGGUCACUCAAGUCAUGUCAUGUCAUGUCAUGUCAUUUUCUUUAAAUGGUAAUUUUAAGUAACUGUAAUGCAUUUUUCAUACAGUUUUGUGUGAAUAGUAUGUUGUUAAAUGUUAAAUAAAAUAUAAACUUCGUGGCAGGCAUGUUUUCACACUAUUGGUUCAACUCUUGAUUUGUUAAUGAUGAUACACAGUAAAUGGAAACUUGUAAGAACAUGUAGAGCCCCAUGAGGGUUAUUCAUUUAAAUAAAGAAAUGUAAAAAAGAAAAA